CUGUUUUUUUCACUAGCUCCUUUAGAAAUAGAAGCACGCGGAGAAAAAGCACAGCUCGCUUAUCAAAGUGCUCUGAAAGAUGGAGCUGUUAAUGUUUACCGUGGUCGAGUAUUGCUUAUUGGGCAAGAUCGAGCAGGAAAAACAAGUUUGAAGAAGUCUCUCAUUGGUCUACCGUUUAAUUCAAAAGAAAAAAGUACUGAUGGAAUUGAAGUGGAUCCAUCAAAAUUUCAGUUGGGCGUUGAUGAAGUCAGGAAUUGGCAACCUAUUGAUGAGAGAAAACAAGGGUUGCUAGGAUGCUUGAAAGAUGUGGCACAGAUGGUGGUGGAAAAGAUGAAUGAUACUUCAGUUAACCGUGAUUGGGUUUAGGAGGAGGAAAGAGGUGAUGCGAUUCUUCAAAAUGAUUAUAACAAGAAUAGGAAACAGGUUGGUGCUGAUGCAGAAGAGGAAGAAGUUACUCUUGUGAACCAGGUUUGUCUUUGUUGGUUUUAAAAUGUGAUGUUUGUUCGUGAAUCCUUCGUUACGUCAAUAAUUUCCUAACAGUAAUUGCCCCCGCAGGGAUUUCUCCCAGAAGCCGAAAUCGCGAGGAGGCACUCUAGUAACUCGCGCGUAUAUUAAGGAAAGUACUUACAGCUGAAACAUACAGUCAUACAGUCAAUAUAGAAAAAGUCUCGAUUUGCUUGAACAGGGGCCGCGAGGAAUCGGUAGGUAAUGAUGACGUUUCUAUUGUUUGCGCCCGCAAGUACGAAAUGGUUAGGAUGACGUUAAGACAGAACAUCCCCAAGGGACCGUUUAUGUAGAUUUUGUGACAUUUAUUGUGCAGUCAUACUUCGACACUCUUUUACGUUACGUGUUAUCAGUGACAUUCUGUGGAGCAGUUGUUUCAGUGAAAGUUAUGGACCAAAAUUUUAACGACACUCGUUAAGCGCAGAAGAAGUUAUAAGGUGCGUAUAACUGUGUAUAUAUAAAGACUUGGAGAGUUUGCCAAACACGAGUUCCCAAAUCUUUCAUUGGAAACCUUGCCAGACACUCUUUCUCUCUCUUUGACCGGAAUAAGACUCAGCCCCAAACAAGCAGGACAAGUGAACAACGGCUAGCUUCACACUAGCAGAACGAUGGACGAUUACAGAAAUUCGCCGACAAUCAAAUUCUGUGCUGACUUAUUCCCUGCCGCUAUAAAGUUUAAAAUAAGACUAGAAUGCGCGAGAUUGAAUUGAUCAAACGUCCUUUUAAUUUCCAAGGCUUCCUUUCCUGGAAAUAAAAUGAACUGAAUGUAAAAAGUGAAAGAGAAAUAGCGAAAAAUUCAACUUCUAAUGAAAUCUUUUCUUAUGGUUUAGAAUAAACUAUUCUCGAAACUGAGAAUGUUUUGAUCAAAGCUAUAUAAAUCGACCUGAAACUGUGCAUGAAACCUUGCGUUUCCUGUAUUUAUCUCACCUAUUGUAUGACAUAUGUGUGAAAAUCUUCAUUAUGAAUCGGUAUAUUUCAAAGAGCUACACAACGAGCAAGAAUGCUAUUGACCGACAAUAUACAGAGCGGGGGCAGCUGUAGUGUCAACUAUUACUAGUUAUUAUGAAUUGAUUAUUGCCUUCAUAAGUUAGGUUUUAGUGAGAAACUCACCACGGCUUCCCUGCCUUUUACUACGAUGUCAUUAUGGAAAAUAUGUAAUAAUUGCCAGAUCGUGUUUUUUUUUUCAGUGCUGGUUAAAAAUUUAGCAUUUUUAUACUUGUCUGAUAAGUUCAGUUUCGAGUAAAGAAUGAUAUUACUACCAACCAUUUUGUUAUAUUUCCAUGAUUGUACCCAUCUACACAUAAGCUUAGCCUUUGGGUCAUUAGUGCGUAUGCAAACCAAACUGAGUAUAGCCGUUUCUUUAUUUAUACUUUUAAGUGUUAAUUAGUCUUUGAGUAUAGCUUUCGCUAAGUUUUUUUUUGCCAAUCACAAUUUCCCUACGCUGUUUCCCUUUUUAUGCGAGGAGCAAGGCCAAGGGGUUGGGGGGACUCAAUCAAACACCAUAUUUCUAUAUAUUCUUAAAUUUACUGUUCCUUGAAAAAUGCAGGAGCAUUUUAAUGUUUUGGAUACCUCAUUCCUCCAAUAAUUGUACCUCAAUGUUUGAACUUAUAAAGAAUAUUCUGUUAUCCAUAACAACUUUAAAUGGCUGAAUAAUCAAAUCAGGGGGAUGAAGAGGAAUAAUCCGGUUCAUUAUUCCAGCUGGAAAAUUUACGUUAUUCCAUUAUUAGUCGAGCUUGCUUUAGCAGAGCGAGACUCUAAAAAUGCAGUCGUUUCUUUUUUCUUGUCGGGGGGACCUAGUUUGUAGGCCACGCGUUCCUAGCGAAGACCGUGGAAACUGGGGAUAAGAAUCGUGGCGACUUUCACUGUAUGCAAAUGACUCUCCUGAUGAGCAUGCGGUAUAUUUUCGGCGAUGACUGAAGUUUGGCACUGAUGUAAUUUUCCUCGAAUGGAGGCCCUUGAUUUUCGUGUAAUUAUGCACGACAUGCAGGCACUGAUUAAAAAGGAAAUAUCCCCAAGUAGGGUGAGAAAAUAUUAUAGCGGGGAAAUCCUAUUUUGUGGUGUUUUAAGGCGUUACGUUUCUCAGAAUAUUGCCUCAAUUACUUUCGGAAAUCUACGGUAAAAUAGAUUCACUUUGUUUUAUGUAUUUAAUUGAUAGAUUUUCGCAGUUGUUAAGAUGUGAAGUCGUGUUGCACUUUAUAAAUACUUGAGAUAUCAAGUAUCUUUUACGUGCGUACGUGCGUAAAAUUUGCGUUUGCAAAUAAAAUAGAGGCAAUGUAUGAAAGAUCGCAGUUAAAAUUAUGUAAACGUAAAAGGAGAAACUCGCUCAACAACGCAGUGCGCUUUGGUCCGCCGCAAAUUGUGCUUGUGAGGAAGUUUGGGAUGAAGGUAUCAUUUUUUUUUCAAGUUUUAGUCUUAAAAUUGUCAAAAUAAAUCAUAUUGUGGCGCACUGCGCUGAAAAACUUUGUUAUCUUCAUAUCUAUAAAUGUGCCACUCCACUGUAAAAAAUAUACAUUUGGUUAGAGUGUAGCGUAGGUUAGCUCCAAAAUAGUAACGUAGACCACACCCUAAAAUUCUUCACAUUCCACGAAUGCCACGAAACUUACCAGAUAAAAAUAUUUUUUUUCUUUUUUAUGCAUAAUGAUUUAUCACACCGUAAAAUUUUAAGACAGUCUGACAAAUCCUUCAUCCAAUUUUUUAUUCACAAACUUGAGGUAAAAAGGUCCAAAUUAGCCUCCGGUACCACCUUAAAUCUCAACACUUUAUAUCUUACCCCUAUUUUAUUUACGUGAUUAAAAUUUACGUGUGUUAACGUGUGGACCCAAAAACGCGUCAGUGGAAAUCCACCAUAACGUUACGUAUCACGGAUGUGUUUAUACGGGUAGCUUUGAACUUGACUAUCCGCGCAUCUACUUGCAGCACUUCAUGUCCAUAGAAUAGAAAUCCCAUAUCGAGCUUUUCCGGAGCGGGUUGGUCCAAGAAUUCUAUCGCUUGAAUGUGUUGAUUAUUUUGGAACAACAACUGAUCACUUCAGUGGUCGAAAAUAAAAAGAAUAAUCUUAAUCAGCAAAACCUCAAGGUUUACUGGAAAAUCAAGAUCGAGGAUCGAGGAAUUAGGGAUUCAGGAUCGGUUAAAAAGAACUUGAAAAUAAAAUGAAUAAAUAAAUGGUGGAUCAGUGGUGAUGUGGGCCGCAGACUGUAGAUAAAUUUCACAGAACAUAACCCCGUUGGCUGUACUGAACACUAAAUUCAAGUAAACUAAUCCGAGUCUGUCUAAGUCAGUGAUUGUUUUGACGAGAAAGUGAAAUUUUCCUGGAAAAUGAAACGCUUUAUCCCAGUGAUACUGUAAUAAAAGAAAAAACUUUAACAGUUUUUAAUUUUUUAAUUGUACAUUUGCUUCCACUACUCCAUAUUUUUCUUGUAAUUGUUGUAUGCACGACCCCACCAGCAAUGUUGAUAUUUUUAGCGUGCUAAAAUAAAGUUCUGAUCUAUCUAUCUAAAAUGCAUGCUGUGCACAACUCUAAACAUUGUACUCUGAGACUGUACGAAAAUAUUAAAAGUAGAUACUAAGCAGCUAUGGAAAAUGUAAUUAUUUUCACGCGGUAUUGAUAUCUUAUAAGGAGGACACAAAAUUCAGCAGGAAUACGCGCGAACUGAAUAAACUUUGUGUUGUAUAAGGUUCUGUUAAACUUACACAAUUUUCCUGUGCUGGACAUAUACUGUACCGAGCCGUACUUUGGUCCGGUACAAAGAAGCUAUGAAUAUUUAUACUGACAGAGUCAUGGUCCCCUGAUACCGAUAAAAAUCAUCGGUGAAUUUUGGGAGUGUAAAAUUCGCGAAAGAGUACUCCUCAAAAGAGCAAUAUCAAUAUGUAGAAGGUUUUCAAAAGGUUUCACACCAGUUUGAGGCUAAGUUGUGCGGCCUGUCUCUCCUUGCAAUUUUUACUUUUUGAGUAUUUACAUUAUGACAUAUAACACUCGUUUUGUAUUCCAAACGAAAAAGUAGGAUAACAGCACCGGUGCCUUUGACAACAAAACUUAUCUCCAAGCAAGCGAGACUCAACGUUACUAACAGCGUUCUUGUUCCAGUAAAAAAGAAGUCAUUAUUCCGUUGAAGAAACCUACUUUUUCAAUUAUUUUGCCCCAGAAAAUGGCGUUAUUUCCUUUUUUCUUACUCUACUAUUUCUCUUCACCCCCAAAAUCGAGCCAGCUACCGUAGGUCUUUUAGAAUCAGAAUCAACAGUUCUUUUGUUUGUUUGUUUUUUUCGUAAUCUGCUACAGGUUGGUGAUCUAAACGAAGACAGUGUUAGUGAACUCACAUUAACAGGACCUGAUCAUGAGUUAGUGGUUGAUACUACUUCACCUUCAGAGGAGAUAAAGGAUCGAACUGUAAAUUUAAUAAAGUACAUGAAAGGUGAAGAUGUUAAGCCUGAGGAAUCUGUUGUCAGUAUUGAACUGUGGGAUUUUGCUGGACAACACCUGUAUCAUGCAUCCCAUCCUGUAUUUUUAUCAUCACGUGCGCUGUACAUCUUGGUGUGCAACCUCAGCAAGUCACUGCAUGACACAGCCAAACCCUGUGUGAGACAAGGGUCUCGUAAUGUUCCUUUGGAAAACCCAAAUGGAGAAACAAAUCUUGAGAAUUUGUUGUCUUGGCUGUCCACAGUGCAUAGCGUCGCACAGAUGAGAAGAGAAACCUGUGAUGAUGAAGAAGAGGAGGUGCCUCAUUAUUUGCGCCCCCCAGUGAUCAUUGUAGGAACCCAUGCAGACAAACCAUUUGAAGACAUUGAAACAAUGAAAACAGAAAUCCAGAACGCAAUUGCUGGUAAGGACUAUGAAGGACAUGUGGUGCGGCCUAUCUUCAGCAUUGACAACACUGCAAAAUUAACUCAAAGAAAGAUCAAGAAAAAAGUUUUCGGGAAAGAUAAAAACAUAGAUAAGAUCCAAGCUCUACAAGUGAAAAUCUUGGAAGUGCUAAGACAGGAGCCUUACAUUGGGGAGAGGAUACCUGUGAGGUAAAUAAUGGUUAUACAAGAACAGAAUCCAUUAAAGUAAAUAUUAAAAAUAAUUUCAAGGGUUGAGUUGUGAACGCACUGAAAUUACGGUUUAUGUGUAUUGCGUUUGUUUCCGCCAGUCCUGGUAAGAUUAUUUUUUUGAUAUGUAAUGUGUUUCAGGUCUCAUCAUUAACUCGUUGACUGUGACGCUAUAUAAAAGUGUGACCGCAAAACAUCUAAAGGCUGGUUCACUGUAUAGUCCUUUACUUUGGUUAAAAAAAAUUACAGCGUGCACAGAAGAAGUUCAGUGAUUCCUGAAUGAACCACCUGGCGGUCAUAAGAAAUGAAUAUCUCGUUGCUUCGUCGUGUAGAAUUCCCGUUCCAUUGAGGUCAACAAAAAAUUUCCCGUCCGGGUGGGGGUUAGUAUUUUGCUGUUUUUAUCCUUGACACUUGUAAAUGAAGCAUACAUGAGUUAAAAACAACAAAACGGUCAAGGAGUACUGGAAACAAGUUUGAAAAAUUAAUAAGAUGGCGGCCGAAACGCGGAGAAUUUUUUUUGGCUUUCAAAGACGUUUUCUGGGCGUUUUCUUCCCGCUGGCUACCCCUCACGGGUUCAGGUCAAAUUCAAAGGAAAACAAAAAACCCAGUUUUAUCACAUUCCUUGGUUGAAAAGACUGUGGUGGUUUUAAAGGCAGACGAGAGAUGGCACGAUAUCAGGUGGUACCGUUCGCGAUUUCGGCAAACUUUGGUUGUAAUCUUUCCGCGAAAGUCUACGCAAGUGAAAAUCCAUACAAAAAUGGCGAUUUUUUGGUUGGUUUUUAGCGCGAAAAACCCAGUGAAAUCCGAUAAGCUGGCAUUAAUCGAAGGUAAGAUCUUGAAUUUGAUGUUUUUUGAUAUUAAUAUUCCGGUGGUACCCAUUGAGAUUUGGUUACGAGUAACUCACAAUCAGAGACAAAAAACUCUCAAAGUCGCUUCAGUCUUAUUAUUCCGCCAUAUUUUAAAGACCAAAUCGUGGCUCGAAUGCGGCUCUAGCCUGUUAAAUUCCCGGAUGUGACCGGGCAUUCUACGCGAUGUGAAACACGUUAACCAUGAAAAGCACUUCUGACUGAGCUUAAGGAGUAUUCUGCCCUGAAGGGUUUGAUAAUCUUAUUUUGAAUUGGCCGAAAAGCACUGUGUACAUUUCAUUGUCGUUUUAAAAAGAUAAAGUAAAGUGGAUCACACACCCGUUCAAUCUGUAGUAAACUGCAUAGUACAGGGCGAACAUUCAGAACAUGACCAGCUGUAUUAGUUAAGAUUAUUUAAGCUUAUAUUUAUCUCAUUUUAACUUAAGAAAGACCAUUAAUACCAACUAAUAAAAAAUCUUUAUGGUUUUUCACAUCUCAGCAGUCAUGUUUUGGAGCGUUUACAUGCUUCUGGCACCGGUUGUUCAAACGAUGAAUCAGUAUCAAGCGGAAAAAAUAUCAGUAAACCUAAUGGCACUAUCCACUAUUUAUCCAGUGAAAAGAUUUAUCCACCUUUCGCACAAUUGGGCCCUGUACUUUAGUCAGCACAGGUAUACUGUGUCGUCACAGACAUGACUUUGUAUACUUUAACACGCGUCAUCAGUUUUCUCUUUGGUUUUGUAAACUAGGUGGCUGAGCUUUGAGAAAGUCAUCAACGCUUUGCUUUCCAAGCCAGUUUAUUACCUGAGUAUAACAAAGCUACGGACCCAUGCCAAGGAGAAGUGCUUCAUCAGUGACGAUGAAGAGUUUACCACCAUGGUGAAUUUUUAUCAUGACCUGGGGAUAAUUAUCAGGCACCGUAGCACAGUCACCUUGAGUGCCAAGUGGCUGAUAAACUUGUUCGGGCAGCUGAUCACUAUUCCAGAUUUUACGAAAAUGGUAAGAAAUACAUUUUAAACGUGUUUUUAAACUUACAAUGCUUUGUAAUGGCCCCCAUUUUGGAUGACAUCACGGGUGUUAAACCGUGCCGUAACAAAUAAAAAUGAUUUUGUCACGUGCAUUGCACGCUAGCUUUCGUGUGUGACAUCAGCACAAUCUAACUUUAAAGGGGUGCAAUGGAAGUACAUUGCUUGACUUGUAGAAUUAUCCUCAAAUGUAGUCUUAAUAAAACGCCUCACAACAAAAAAGAGUAGAAAGAUACAUAUAUUUCUGCUGAAACCAGCGACUCUUUAUGUCGAACAAUCAGAACGCACUUUUAUAGUUUCUGGAAGUGAAAUUUGGACCUUAAGAAUUUUCCGGAGAGUAAACCAAAUAGAGGAUUCUGGCAUUUACGUGACGCUUUAAAGAGCAUUCUAUAGAUUUGAAAUCUGAGGUCUGUUUAAAAGGCUAUGAUCUUUUUUCGCCCCCAGAAAGAUUUAUUCACAGUUAUACUUUCUAGUCAGUCUUUCGUAACUUUCAUUUUAGACGUGUCCUCACACAAAUCCGCAAAUUACAAGGAGAAAAGUUUUCCUUGAAUGUUUACUUAAAAUGUCUAGUAGCUUAUUUCUUUUAGAGAACUUGCUAAACUUUAUUAGUAUAACAUUUAGAAAUGUAAAAUGAUCCUGGAAGAAAGCUAUUUUGAAUAGUUUUGUGAUCAUUCAAUCAAUCAAAUCAAUCAAUCAAUCAGUCUUUAUUCUUCGUAAGAUAAAAAGACAUAUCUUAAGUUACAUCAGCAGUUAGGAUUCUAAAAAUACAUACGACAUACUGUAUACAAAUAAUAGAAAGAUUAAAGAUUAUAUCUAAAAAUAAGCCUAUUUACAAAAACAUUCUUAAAUGUAUCAGUCUUUAUAUCCGAGCGAUGAGCACUUUUGUUUCUGAGUUGUUACUUUGUUUCUUUCUUCUUCGGAAAGAUGUUACUAAGCUGGCAAUCGGGAUCCACUGAACGUACCUUGAAAAGCUUCUUAUCUGCCUUCUCUAAAAUUUCUCGAAUGUCCAUUCUCUUAGAUGUGUAUUUCCUUUUAAAACAUCUAUCCAAAACGUUUUGUAUGACCGUGAGAUCUGAGUCUACAGCACUAUAAACAGGCAGACCAUAAGUGAAAUUCGGUAAAACUAAGGCGCUAAAUAGGUGGCUACUUCAACUUGACUAAAACCUUCCAUCCGUAAAAAAUCUUAAUACAAACAGACACUAACAGUAUUUGCCUUAAUCAACUUAACACGUACGUGUUCGCUAUAUUUACAAUUCUCCAGAAACCUAACACCUAAAAUGAGCAGUGAAUGUUAUUAACUUGCACAAUAUCCUGAAUAAAACCUUUCUUGCGAAAAAUAAUUUCUUUACAUUCCUCUUGUUAUUCCGUCUUAGGUCCCUAAGUUUGCAAAGCACUGGAAGGAGGUCGAAGAAAGCGGUGUUCUCGGCAUGGAACUGCUUGAUCAUGUGUUUUCCAAAUUUCUUCUGGAGGGCGUCGCCAGGAAAGACAUUCUGGAUUUGAUGGAACAAUUUGGAUUGAUUGCAAAAUUUUCAUCUUUAAAGACAGGUGAAAAGUAUUUCGUUCCAUCUCAACUCAAAGCUUCGCCUGAUUCCCUUUGUUCCAUGGCGCCCUCAAGGCUGGACCCUUGUCCUCUGUUUGUUUACUUUGCCAGCGGUUCUGUUCCCCAUGGUCUGUUCACUCGGCUUGUUUCUCGAUCUGUCCGUUGGUGUUCAGAGGCUGGUCCAACUCAGCCCCCUACCCUGUACCAAAAUGGAGCGUGGUUUAUCAUUGGGAAGCAAACUUUCCAUGAUUUUGUUCUUAUUUGUAAGAAGCAGUUUAUUAAGUUUUUUAUCAAGCAAAGAAACCAACUUCAGCAGAUCUCGGUGGAUGGCACAAGUGAGGUAGCAGUGCAUGUUCGUGAGUUUGUGGAGGCAACUUUGCAAGCUUUGUCACGUGACCUCUAUAAAGGUGGAUUGCAGUAUCAUAUUCGGGUCGCCUGUCCGUAUUGUCAGCGGGAAAAGUGUUCAAGGCAUGAUCAGAUUGCAUGUUCUCAUGAAGAUUGUCUUCAUCUCCUUGAGUUACGACAAGGCGAUCCUCUGAUUUGCAAGAAGAAACCUGUUGAGGAGGUACUCACAGUUAAGGGACAGCAAAAGUGGUUCUCGCAAACAGAAAGUAAGGUAGGUAGCAGUGAAAUGCGAUCUCUAGCAGUAGUCUUAGCAAAUUUCAUAUAGCAAGUGAAUACACAUACUACUCAUAAAAAAUUAUGUCCUUAAAAUAAAAAGGUUUCAACAAAGUCUAUGCAUCUGGUUUGUCAGGUUAUAGUAUGAUGUACAACGUAUGCCUUCAUUUAUCCUACCACAAGCCUCCUUGCAGUGUAUGAGAAGGCUUUGUUGCUGUCAACUUAACGAACAUUGGUUCUUAAUAUCAAGUCGGUUGAUAAGGUCAAUUGGCUACCAUCUAUUACUAAUUGUUAUUGGCCUGUUGGCAUUAAGCAGUGGGUAUAUAACUUUUUCUCAAGUCUCAAGUUUUUUUUUUGUUUUUUUCUCAAGUUUUUAAUGUGCUGUUUUGCUUUAAUGUUGAGUAAUAAGUUUAUAGCACCUAACGCGUUGAUAACAUGUUUUGCAAACUUUCACUUCAAAAUGUAGAAACCCCCAGAUGUAAAAGUUUAUAUUUUAAAGUGCGCAAUUUUGGUUGCUAUGCAGGAGGCGUGUACUCAAUCAUCAUCACCUGAUACUGCACAAGCUCAUCCAGGGAGUCUUGUACUAAGAGUUGCCCUUCUCGCGAAUGAGUGGGGGUCGUCCAAGGGUGGCUUGUCAACGAUAAACAGAACUCUUGCCAUACAUUUGGCAAAAGACGCAAACGUAGAAGUCACCAUUCUUGUACCUGAAUUUGAGUGUGGCGAAGAGGAUAAGAGAGCUGCCGAAAGUCACAACAUUGCCAUCCGGGAAGCAGAGCGCCUUCCUGGCUUCAGUGAUCCUCUUGACUGGUUGAGUUUUCCACCAGAUGACCUUGACAUUCAGGUUGUGAUCGGCCAUGGAGCAAAGCUUGGCAGACAAGCACAAAUUAUUAGAAAGUCCCAUCGAUGCAAGUGGGUGCAGGUUGUUCACACUGAGCCUGAAGAGCUGGGGAUGCAUAAGAACUAUCCAAGCGCCAUUGCCAAGGGAGAAGGGAAGAACAGAGCUGAAGUUGACCUUUGUCAAAUUGCAGAUCUCAUUGUAGCCGUUGGACCCAAGUUGAAAGAAGCGUUCUCGUCCAAGUUGCGUUCAUCUCGUCGAGAUAUCCUUCAACUGAUACCAGGUUCCUUCGCAGAGUUUUCAAGCAUUGAACAUGCUGUACAAGAAAGUGUAAAUUUCAAAGUGUUGGCCUUCGGUCGCGGUGAUUUCGAAGACUUUAGUCUUAAAGGAUACGACAUUGCCGCUCAAUCCAUAGUUGAAUUGAAGGACAGUUCCUAUAGUCUUGUUUUCGUUGGUGCACCCGAUGGAAGGCAGGAUGAAGUCGCAGAAAUCUUACUCCAGACUGGCAUUUCAAAGAACCAGCUGAUUGUCAGAUCAUUUGUGAAAGACAAACAAAGAUUGAGAGAGUUGUUUUGUGAAGUCGAUCUGGCCAUCAUGCCAUCAAGAACUGAGGGGUUUGGUUUGACAGCAUUGGAAGCCAUGUCAGCUGGUCUUCCCAUUCUGGUUAGUGGAAAUUCCGGAUUUGGAAAAGCACUGCGUGGUCUUCCAAUGGGUGAAUCAUUUGUGAUCGACUCUGAUGACCCCAAGGAAUGGGCAAAGGAAAUUGCAGCCAUCCGUCAAAAAUCAAGGACACAGCGUCUUGAGGAAAUCCAAAGACUGCGAAGAUGUUAUGAUGAAAGAUUCUCUUGGGAGAGACAGUGCCAGGCCCUUGUUGACAGGAUGUGGACGAUGGUUUAUGGUAAGAAAUCAAAUUCACCGAUAGUAAAGUAACAAUAAUAAUAAUAAUUAGUUCUUGAAAAUGUGAAAAUGCAUAUCUUAUCAAGAUUAUCCUUCAUUUGACCUUCAUCAUUCAUCGCUGUAUGUCCAUGGCUUCUGCAUAAAAUACAUUCGAGAGCAUAAAUACAUUUUUACUACAUUAUAUUUCGUGGUCCAUGUGCAUCGCUGUAGAAAUGUUGUCAUUAACCUUUUUAACCUUAAUGUUAACAUUCACACUCUCCACACUGUUCUCCAUACAUAUCUUGUGUUACUGAUUAGGAGAAUUUGUUUAAUAAUCAAGAUCUUUUUUACCGGCUUACCAAUUCCAUUCUUUAAAACUUUUAUGGAUAAUUUUAUAAAAUGUUGGCUACACUUGAAAUCUAUAACAUUGCGAUACAUCAAAGUCAUCUGAUUUCUAUUCAUAUGCCGCAGUAAUGGUGGGGUUCUCUUGUAUAUAAAAAGAAAAUAACAACAAAAGCCCAGCCAAACUUUUGGCUUAUAACUUAUUACAAAAAAUGAAUGGAGGGCUUUUAAGGUUGGAAUUUUUCUUUUUUUAAGAGUGACAUUUUUUGUUAUAAUCAACACUUUUUGUUUAAUUUACAGGUCUUGAAAAAACCAAAGAAGGUGACGUUCCACCGAACGACUGUGAAAAAGUUGGUGCAGCAGGACCGAAGGCAGGUAAUGUAAUUGUUUGCUUUGUCAAUAAAAGCAAAGACAAAAUUUAUUUUGCAGUAGAGUGCGGUUAUUUUCUUCUGUUGAACAAGGGUGCUUUCGAUUAUUCGGAUGCUUUUAGCUUUUCAAUGUUUAGUGUAGCAUCUCUGAGUAUUUAAAUUGACUGCUAAUUUUAAACUUUAUAGGUGUUGAUAAAACCAAAGAAGAUGACGUUCCACAAAAUGGUUUUGAAAAAGAUGCUGCAACAGGACCGAUGGCAGGUGAUGUCAUUGUUUGCUUUGCCAAUUAAACCAAAGCCAAAAUAUAUUUUUGCAGUAGAGUGAAGUUACUUUGUUCUUUUAAAAUCACAGUAAUUUUUCUGAAAUUGUCGACUGUUGUAAGCUUCAGACCAAUGCACUGUGCUGCACCUGUUUUAUGGAACUCGCUACCAUUAAGUAAAAGAACAAGUAGGAGCCUUGCCAUUUUUUAAAAGGAUCUUAAAACAUUUCUUUUUAGGCCGGAGAGCUUAUAAUUUACUAGAAUAACUCUGAAGUUUAGUGGUUAAUUUUGUAUAGAAUUAGACUUUUUAGAUUUUCGCAGAGCAUGGAAUUUUUUUAUUAUUAUUAUUGUUAAUAUUAGCUUUUUAGGAUUUUUUUUUAAUUGUAACUUAAUGUGAAGCGCUUUUGAAUAUUUUAUAGUUCUAGUACUAUACAAAUUCUUUAUCAUUAUCAAGAUCAUCAUCUCCUAUAAAACUGGCUUGAAAUAACCUCUACCGUAAAAUUCCGAAAAUAAUCUCCGGAGCUUAUAUUUUUCAAAGGUUCUUUUUGAGGGGCUUAUUUUUGGAGGGGCCUAUAUUCGGAGGGGCUUAUCUACGGAGGGAUAUUUGCGUUUCAAAAUCGAUUAAGCUUCCCUUAUAGAACGAAGUAAAUUUACCAUUUUUGCUUUGUUUCACUCUGUAUUUGAGGGCAAGUACCAUCCCCCGCUUGGCUUAUAUUUGGAGGGGCGAUUUAACGGAGAGUUUUUAGCGUUACCGGUCUGGGGGGCUUACAUUUGGAGGGGCUUAUACAUAGAGGGGCUUAUUUUCGACAUUUUACGGUAUGUUAUUUUGUCUUUUUCAUCUUCCGCUUUCAGGUGAACUCAUUUUCCGUGCACUUCAACAAAUCCUGCUGGAAGCACGCAUAGAGUUCAGUAAAACUGAGCUUUCGCAGGCUUUAAAGAGGACUUCGUUGGAAAAAGGUUUUGCGAUAUCUGACAAUCAAGGAGAGGGAAACUGCAUGUUUUUUGCACUUUCAGAGCAGCUUGUCCUCAUCAAAGGAAUUCAAAUCUCCCAUGAUGAGUUACGCCGAACUAUUGUUCAACACCUUCGGGAAAACCCCAGGCUGGUAAGUAUCUUAUUACCUUAUUAGGGUGCACACAUUUACAGUAUACGAGCAUAGCUGUGGCAUUUGCCCGCUACAUUGUUUUAAUUCCUCUUAAAGUUAAAAAAAAAAUAAGGCCCUGUCCACACGUAUCCGAAAUACGCAUCCACACGAAGCGUAUUUGAAUCUUUUUCGCCCGUCCACAUAAAAACGCUAAAAUGAUUGAAAUACGAUAGCAGCCAUUUACAGAGCAUGCCCAAUGUUGUAUUCUAAAUCCUCUGUAUUCGUCCAUCCGCACGUCGUUUUCUAAAAUGUCCACUCUUGGGAACAUUUGUGAAACCUGCUUCUUCGGCGCCCGAAAAUGCCGACCACGUGUGGACGGAAGGCUAAAAUGGACAAACAAAUCUGCGAUUUAAAAAAAAUAUACAUCCGGAUACGUGUUGACGGGGCCUCAAAUUCCUACGAUUGAAUAUGACGGCUUUACGGGUAUGAUGCAAAUGAAUCCACCCUUUAUGAGCAAAACAUCAGCUCUGCAUGAGGAUCACGCUUGUUUGUACUUUGCUUCGUCGUUCACUGCACGACUGCAACGCAAAACGUCCGUAUGCGACGUUUUGUGUAGGGCACCGAACCCCCACGGGUAAUUAUUGUUUUCGGGCUGGGAUACAGUCAUUAAGAACCCAAAACUAAGAAAACUCGUCGACUUAUGUUAAAUUAAGCAUUAUGAUAAAGUUUGAGAGAACGCAAAUUCUUUUCCCAAGUUACUUUUCGAGUCGGAGGCAUAAAUGGAUACGGAGAAUUUUUUUUAUUUCUUUUUGUCGGCUCGAUCGUCAUGCUCAUGCCCUAUUUUAUUUUUUGCGGUAUAUUGCUAAACUUGAAAUGUCGACCAACACCAGUUUUGUGUGAACAGGAUAUGACUACAUACUGGUUUAAAAGUCGCAAUUUCCAAACUCACUUUAUUUUAACAGUAAACAUCCCUUCCCUCCCCUCUCUCUCUCUCUCUUACACGUGUAACGGACACCUCCCUAAAACCUCCUAAACCUACUCCACCUCCCUAAAAGUGUUGGUCCCUGCCGUUCUUAACUGUUGUUUUUUUUUUUACAUUUUUAAGGAGAGUAGUAUAGGUCACACAGGUUAGACCCCUUUUUGUAGUCGAAUCUUAUUACUGUGAUGACAUGACAUCUUUAUCUUAGCAAUAAAAUGCGGUGGAAUCUCUUCAGGAUAACUUCACGAGCUAUUUUUAUGUAGUAUUUAGUAUAUCCAAUUAUUCUUAUAUUGAUGAUGUAACUUGUUGGGAUCUUGUCCUUAGUUUCUGAGGAUGAUGUCGUAGAUCAUUCUAAAUUAUGUGCGUCAUGUUUUUAUUUGGUCAUGAAGACACCUCUGAACCAUGACGCCUUCAUUGUCCAUUGCAGACAACUUGAUCUGUGUUCACACUAUACCGUAUAGUUUUUUCGCGGGCACGAGAAUCAUACCGGAUGGGGUAUCAGUUCACAAAUAAGAACGGUGAUUUCGGCGCGAUUUCUGUUCAACGGAGAGAAGCUGUGCCUCGCCGAUCUCUUAAGUGGAGAGUCACAUAUCGGAUAGAUGUUCACACUAUACCGGAUGGCUUUUCGUGUCGUCACCAAAGCUUAUCUGGUAUGGUAUGAUCAUAGCUUUAUUGUUCUGGUUCCGGUUUACUGAUUCUUGGUGCGCAAAGGAGAUAAAGACGUCAUCGACGUUAAUUUAUUUGACUUUAAAAAAAGACGUCUACCUGGCUCGUCCCAUACUACUAAGGUGAAUAAAUCUUUGCUUUAAUACUUUAAUAGGGAUACUCCUAAAACAGUGUACACUAUACUAGUGCUGAUACUAGCGUGGUCAGCCUUAGAGAGAACAGACAGCGCGGCUGUCUAAAUAAAAUACCUUCUAAAAAAAGCACUGUACCUUUUUCUCUAUUAACUACAGUAGUUGUUUCUUUCUUACAGCCGGAUGGGACAGAACUGUUUCAUUUUGUUGAUGGAUAUCCAUCUUGGGAUGCCUACCUCACAAGUAUGAUGGCAGAUGGUAUAUGGGGUGAUCACGUGAUUCUACACGGCGCGGCAAACUACUUGCAAACGUGCAUCCAUGUGAUCAGCAGUCUUCCGCAUCGCCAUGACGUAAUGAUCUGCCCAGAGUUUGAUGUUAGUGGUGGCAACCGGCUUGUGCUGGGUCAUGUGCACGAGCUUCACUAUGUUAGCCUUAUUCCACAUAACGGAAGUAAAGAUGUCUGA